UUUAGAAUUGAAGAGUGAGAAGAAGAACGAGCACUACGCCUGCCAAAAACAAAAGAAGAAAAAACCUCAUAAAAAUAAUCAAAAGGAAAGUGAAAAGAAAAAAAGAGAAAAAGAAAAAGGAAAAAAGAGCAAGGAAAACAAAAACCACAAAAAUGAAAAAUAUUAUUUUAGCAUUGAAUUGAGGAGGUUAUCGUCUUCAACUUUCAAGUAGAGUGAAGGAGAAAACCAAACACAAACUUCCAUCUGCUUCCGAAGAGCAGAAGACAGGACCCUGAGCAUUUUAACACAAUUUCUCCGACAUUCGACUUCGUUAUCUGCUAAGUGUCGAAGGCUUCGGAUUUACUUACAAAUUGCUCUUGCUGUUAAUCUCAGAAUCAUGUCUCAGAGUCAGACCAAUUGGGAAGCUGAUAAAAUGUUGGAUGUGUAUAUAUAUGAUUACCUUAUGAAGAGAAAAUUACAUGCUUCUGCAAAGGCAUUUCAAGAUGAAGGAAAAGUGUCUACAGAUCCUGUAGCUAUUGAUGCACCUGGUGGCUUUCUUUUCGAAUGGUGGUCUGUCUUUUGGGACAUAUUUAUUGCUAGGACGAAUGAGAAGCACUCAGAAGCAGCUGCAUCUUACAUUGAGACUCAAGUGAUGAAGGCUAGGGAGCUGCAGCAGCAACAUCAGCAGCAGAAGCCUCAGCCGCAACAGCAAAUGCAAAUGCAAAUGCAGCAGCAAUUGUUACAGAGGCAUGCUCAGCAGCAACAACAGCAGCAGCAGCAGCAACAACAACAACAACAGCAGCAGCAGCAGCAGCAGCAGCAGCAGCAGCAGCAACAGCAGCGUCGAGAUGGGACCCAGCUUCUAAAUGGCACUGCCAAUGGGCUUGUUGGCAAUGAUUCUCUUUUGAGGCAGAACCCUGCAACUGCUAAUUCAAUGGCAACAAAAAUGUAUGAGGAGAGAUUAAAGCUUCCAAUACAGAGGGAUGGUUUGGAUGAUGCAGCUAUCAAGCAAAGAUUAGGUGAUAAUAUGAGUCAGCUUCUGGAUUCCAAUCAUGCCUCAUUGUUGAAAGCCGCCACUACAGGUGGCCAGCCUCCUCGUCAAAUGCUGCAUGGUACACCUGGAAGUAUGUUGGGGAAUCUUCAACAAGCUCACAACCGGAGUCAGCAACUUCCUGGUUCAACACAGGAAAUAAAGACUGAGAUGAUAAACCCCAGAGCUGCUGCUCCAGAAGGAUCAUUGAUUGGCGCUCAUGGAUCAAAUCAAGGCGGUAACAAUUUGACUCUGAAAGGAUGGCCUUUAACGGGAUUUGAUCGAUUUCGAUCUGGGAUUCUUCAGCAGCAAACUUCUUUGAUGCAGUCCCCUCAACCCUUCAAUCAACUUCAGCUACAGCAGCAACUUAUGCUUGCACAACAAAAUCUGGCUUCCCCAUCUGCUGACUUGGACAGUAGAAGGCUGAGAAUGCUUCUCAACAAUCAAAAUAUGGGUCUCGGGAAGGAUGGUCAACUAAAUUCUGUUGACGUAUCUAACGUUGGAUCACCAGUGCAAGUUGGUUGCCCGGUAUUACCUCGUGCAGAUGCCGAUAUGAUUAUGAAGUUACAGCAACAGCAGAUGCAAAGCAACAAUCAACAGCAGCAACAGUAUUCGCAGCAUACGCUUUCAAGUCAACAAUCUCAGAGUUCAAGCCAACACCUACAGCAGCAAGAAAAAAUUAUUGGUUCUGGUGGCAUUGUGGCAGAUGGUAGCAUGGCUAACACCUUACAAGGGAAUGAUCAGGCUUCAAAGAAUCAAAUUGGGCGAAAGAGAAAGCAGCCAGUGUCAUCUUCAGGUCCUGCCAAUAGCUCAGGGACUGUUAAUACCACAGGACCAUCUCCCAGUUCACCUUCAACGCCUUCUACCCACACACCAGGAGAUGUAAUGUCUAUGCCAACUUUAUCCCAUAAUGGUGGUUCCUCGAAGUCUCUACUUAUGUUUGGCUCUGAUGGUUUGGGCUCACUUGCAUCAGCGCAAAAUAAAUUGACUGAUGUGGACCGUUUUGUGGAUGAUGGAUCUUUAGAGGAUAAUGUUGAAUCAUUCUUAUCACAUGAUGAUGCUGACCCUAGAGGUAGAGUUGCUCGCUGUUCAGAUGUCAGCAAAGGCUUCACUUUUACGGAAGUUCAGCUUAUUCCUGCAAGUACAAGUAAAGUUGAAUGCUGUCACUUCUCCUCAGAUGGAAAAUCACUUGCCACUGGUGGGCAUGACCGAAAGGCUGUAUUGUGGUGUACUGAGUCCUAUACUAUAAAGUCUACACUUGAAGAGCAUUCUCAAUGGAUAACCGAUGUUCGUUUUAGUCCUAGCAUGUCAAGGCUUGCUACAUCUUCUGCUGACAAAACUGUCAGGGUUUGGGAUGCUGAUAAUCCUGGAUAUUCACUUCGUACUUUUGUGGGGCAUUCUACAACUGUUAUGUCAGUGGACUUCCACCCUAGUAAAGAGGACCUUCUCUGCUCUUGUGAUAACAACAGUGAGAUACGAUACUGGAGUAUCAAGAAUGGUAGUUGUGCUGGAGUUUUCAAGGGUGGUGCAACUCAGAUGAGGUUUCAACCCCGUGCUGGAAGAAACCUUGCAACUGCAGCUGAUAAUUCUGUAUCCAUCCUUGAUGUCGAGACGCAAGCUUGCAUGCGUAAAUUACAGGGCCAUAAGAACCUUGUCCAUUCUGUGUGCUGGGAUCCUUCUGGUGACUUUCUAGCAUCAGUGAGUGAUGACUUGGUUAGAGUGUGGUCAGUUGGCUCCAGCGUCAGAGGGGAAUGCAUUCAUGAAUUGAGCUGUUCUGGCAACAAAUUUAAUACAUGUGUUUUCCAUCCAACUUGUCCUUCAUUGUUGGUCAUUGGCUGUUAUGAGACUUUGGAGCUUUGGAACAUGACCGAGAACAAGACAAUGACUCUGCAUGCUCAUGACAAGCUAGUAUCUUCUUUGGCGGUAUCAGAUGCUACCGGGUUGGUUGCUUCCGCUAGCCAUGACAAGUGCGUCAAGCUCUGGAAGUGACAAAUUUGUAUCGUUUUAUCUUGAAAAUGGUUUACCUUCUCCAUUACCACAUCCCAAAGGAGACAGCAACUUUAUCUGGUUAUCUUUUUAGCGUAUGGUAAAAGGGUUUUAGAUUUUAACCCAGCCCCAGUUAACCCAUAGAAGAAUUUUGUUGGACCAAAACCAAGGCCAACCAGCCUAACUUUGAUGUCAAACUUGAUCUAAAGGAUCUCUUUCAACUCACAGGGGCUUAUAAUGUAAAUGAUAUUUUGUUAGACGAAACGUAAAUGAAGGCAGUCUUAAAGAUA